UGGGGCCAGCGGAUCAAGAGCACCCUCUCGGAGAUCAAGCUCAAAAAUGGCAAGCCUGCGCUGACCCUUUUCGGGGACUACACCCACCUGCACAUUAACCCGUCUGGCAAGUUCAUCAUCGGGGGUCCCCAGGGCGACGCCGGCCUCACUGGCCGCAAGAUCAUCAUCGACACGUACGGGGGCUGGGGCGCCCACGGUGGCGGCGCCUUUUCCGGCAAGGACCCGACCAAGGUGGACCGCUCGGCGGCGUACAUCUGCAGGCAGAUGGCCAAGUCCGUGGUGAAGAGCGGCUUGUGCAAGCGCGCGCUUGUGCAGCUGUCCUACGCCAUCGGCGUUGCAAAGCCGCUGUCGCUGUUCCUCGAGACCUAUGGCACCGAGCAGGGCAAACUCUCGGCCGAGGACAUCACCAACGUGCUCAAGAUCGAGUUCGACUGCCGCCCUGGCGCCAUCGCGGUUACGCUGGCACUUCGCGAGCCGAAGUACCAGGAGACAGCGGCCUACUGCCACUUCGGCCGCGACCCGUACACUAAGGACGGCAAGAAGUAUUUCGAGUGGGAGAACGCCAAGGACGUCAAGAAGUACGCCUCGAUGCGCGGUGGCGGAUUCGGCGCAGGUCACUGCGGCUCUGAAGGCGAGCAACUAUCUGACCAAGUGGGUGGACUGAGUGGCAGCGGCUCGUCGUUCCCAUCGUGA